AUGAGCUGUCCCGACAAUAGGCUAUCUCACAAAAGUGAUACUGCUUCUUCCAAAGAUAUAGUCACUCUGCUAUAUAGUUACACCACUGCAACCACCUUCAAAGAUGGAACAUGCACAGAAGACUCCGACCUUGCCUCAGAGGAAAGUGAACAAGACGACUCUUGCCACUCGGCUGAAUGUGGUGAACCCAGCAAAAGCCCAGCUCUCACUACAUUUGAACCAGUACCCAGAUGGGCAAGCACUGAAACUUGUCCGAAAAAGAUACCUGCUAGUAAAGGUGACAAACAAAACUUGCUGACAGAGAUGAAGGCCUGCUUUGCAGCUGACAUCGUGCUGGUUCAAGAAGACAUGGGAGUUAUGACAGCUUCACUGCAGGCCCUGGAAGUUGAGGCUGAUAUCACCAGAAGCAAGCAGGACGAUUUAAACAAAAGGUAGACAAAUUGAAGCAAGCCAGCCUCACUAUGGAGAGUAGGCUAG